UGAAAGUUGGAUUCAACAAUAAUGGUCUGAACGAGAUCUAAUCUGGCCCGUAAACGAUUAGGACCAUCUGUUGCAUUAUCGCAAAAGUAGAAGCAUCGUUUGGAAGUUUUGAAAAAUCAAACACCAACGUCACCAUUUUUGUGUUGAUUUUGCAUAGGGAACUGUCUCUCAUCAAUAAUUCAACAAAAUUGCAGUAACUAAAAUAGCAAUUACAAUAAAAAAAAAUAAAAAAAAAAUAUAGCAAUUACAGUACUCAUUUGUUAGUUUCCUAUUCCCAUUUCUUAUGAAAAAAAAAAAUACAAAUUAACAUCCCAAUAUCCCAUUACGAAUAUGCAUCAAUUGGUCUUAUUAAAUAGGAAUAAUACGUUAGAAACGUUAAUGUGUGAUAUUCUCUUUUGUUCUUUAUAUUUUUCUCGUAAGCUCAUUUCUUUUUGUUCUUUACACUUCUACUUUAUUUUUUUCGAGGUAUUUAUCACGGCCAUCGAUUAUUCCAAUUUCAUACUUUUAUUACAUGUUGUCCACUUUUCAUUCCUUUUUUUUUUUCUUGCAUUAAUCAAAAUCACAAGAACACUUCAUAAUAAAGCUAUUGUAAAACUCGAACACAAACAAGUUGUUCACGAGUCAUACAUGAAAGUGUACUAUUCAACUUUUGCUCAUUACUAAACAAGCUUGAAAAUUUUAUUCUUCAACUGCGUAUUGUCUUAGCUUAGAAGUAUGGACCAAUUAAUUUAGCAUUACGUUGUUAAUUAUACAUUAUAGACCUCACAGACUCACAGUACAUGAGAGUAAUAGACUAGUAAACAUCAAUAAUAAAAAGAACAAAUCUUUGUAAAAUGGAUAUCUACUUAUCUAGUUGUUUGUUGUAUAACAUAUUCAGAUAUUCUACUAUGCAAUUACAGAAUAACUCAAAGAUGGCAGGAAGGACAAAAUACUGCACAAAUCGAAUGAAAUCGUUCGUAGUCCCAUUGUCGAACUACACACUUGAUACUGAUACGUUUCCAGGCGUUCCAGUUUCUUUCCUUGAGGUAAUAAUCAUUCUCUAGCCAUUUUCGACAAUUCUGCAUAACACCGCCAUUCCAGUAUGCUUGGUACUUGUAAAGGUAUAACAUCAAAUACUAUGGCAUCUGCGUGCUUAAUGAAGUUAUACGAAGGAGGAGAACUUACAAUGGUAAAUAAAAGUGAGACAGAACAACUUUCUCAAUUUUCGGCUUACUUUACUAGUGCCACUGAUCAACCACCAGCCUGCAAUAUUGCUACAUUUCAAGCAUCAUCCGAAGACUUGCCUCUUCAGCGUGCAGAGUGGAUCAAAUAUAUAGCAGUGUUCGCGAAUUUGGAAGUCAGAGCAAACUCUGUAUAUGAUGCAGUUAAGCAAAAUUAUUUAUGCUUGGCAAACAUGUCUACAAACAGAAAUUCGUCGCUCAAACCUGUUGUUGCUUGGAUGCGCUAUGAAGAUGGACAAUGGUCUUUUACAACAGAAGCCUACAAAGCAAAGUUUGUGCAAGAUGCAGGUGGAGAAAAUGUUGAUGAAACUAUCAACAAAAUGUCCUAUAACAUAUCAAUUCCUGAUGACCUUGAUCAACUUCAUGCUAUCUUAUGUUCGGUGGAUGCAGUGAUUGAUGAAACAUACCCUAAUGAUCCUGCAACAUACAACUUGACUACAUUCCUCCAAAAUGUUGGUGUUGAAGAUAAAUCUUGCUUUGCUUUCUUAACAAAUGAAAGCGUUUGGAGAUAUGACAAGAGAAUGCAAAUGAAUACCACUUCACUUGAUUGGUACGACGGCGCUGUGUCUCAACCACAGCUAGUACUGGCAGACUUGAUGGAAGCAAUCUUUCCUACAGGAAACUACACAAGUACUUAUUUUAGAAACCUUGCUAAGGGAGAACAGAUUAUUGACAUCACAACUUAUGAGAAAUGUAAUAGUGAUAGUGCUUUGGAACCAACAAUCAUACCUUGUAAUAGUAAAAUUUACUAGUAUUAUUGAUAUUACUAUUAUCAAUUUAAACGUACCAUAAGUGUUUAUGUUAAUGACUAAUAAAAUAUAAUUUAUUUCUGUAAAGUUUUAAGUAUGAAUUCGAUUUUG